UUUUUUAUUUUAUGGUUUGUUUUUUUGGGUCUGUGUUCUUAUUUUGGCAAAUAAUGAGCUUUCGGCAAAUCUGUAAUAUAAGCUGAAUCACACUUCUUAGUUGAGCUCUGAUUUGUUGCCGAACCUUCUAAUUGAUCUUUUCUUUUUCCUCACAACUCUACAAAGUACGAAAUUGAGCUCAACCAUAUCAAAAUCGAGUCUUUUUUUUUUCUUUUUCUUCUAGUCAAAUUGAAAUCAACCUCGAAUUUGUGCUUUUUGUCCUUUGAUUCUUCCGUCUUUGCAAUAUCAUCUUCGAGAUUAGUCUCUCCAACAGGAUAUCGAAGCUUUCGCGAUGGACUACGAAGCGUUUGAUAGCAGUGGAACCGAUGAUGAUCUGCCACCGUCGCAUAGGGUUCCAAGAGGAGGAGGAGGAGGACGUGUGCCUCUUAAUGGACGACCUUCCAAUCUUCCUCCAUCUUAUCCAAAAAUGUAUGACGAUGUUGCUGCUGAUAUGGAAGCUCAGAUUCACCAGUUUGAGAAAGAAGCAUACAUCUCUAUUCUAAGAGCCCUUCAAGCUCAAGGCGAUGCUAUUUCAUGGGAAAAAGAGAGUCUAAUAACUGAACUACGUAAAGAGUUGCGUUUAUCGAAUGAGGAGCAUAGAGAGCUACUAGGUCGUGUUAACGCAGAUGAUACAAUACGAAGGAUAAGGGAAUGGAGACAAUCUGGAGGAAUGCAACCAAGUGUGCGCAAUGCUGCUCAAUUGGUUCAUGAUACCUUGCCAAGCCCUUCUGUUUCAGCUUCUAUGAAGAAGCACAAACCAAACCAGCCUAUUCCUUCUCAACCAUUUGCCAGUCCAUCACCUUCUUUUCAUCCUCAAGCUGAUCCCACUCACCAGUUUGCUUCAUCGGCAGCCAAACGAGGAUCUGUUCCUAUUGUCAAGGGCAAAAAGCAUAAACCAGUUAAUCCUGGUUCGUCUUCUACAAAACCCGUCUCAUACCAUCCUUCAGAUCAACCUCCACGAGGACAAGUCAUGAACAGAUUACCAUCUGUUCCUACUAGUUCAAGUGAACCAACAAACGGAACCGAGCCUGAAUCUUUUAUAGGAAGAAGAGUUAAAACAAAGUGGCCGGAAGACAAUACAUUUUACGAGGCUGUCAUCACCAUGUAUAAUCCACUUGAGGGUCGUCAUGCUUUAGUUUAUGACAGUGGAACACUUAAUGAGACAUGGGAAUGGGUUAAUCUCUCAGAGAUAUCUCCUGGGGAUAUAGAGUGGGUAGGAGAGGACCCUGGGACUGGUAAUAGAUAUGGUAAUAACAGACAAGGUCAUGGACUGAAUAGAACUACUGUACCCAACAGUGUUACACAAGGAGGAAGCGGCUUGGGGAAGAACACUAUCAGAAAGGAUUUCAGAACAUCACAAAAUGGAACUGGGAAGAAGAAACAUCUCGAUAUACGAAUCCGUCAAACAAAUGUCCUUGUCAGAGAGGUGGAGAGAGUUCUUGGUGCACACAAUCCCGAUCCUCAAGAAGUUGAAAGGGCUAAGAGAAUUUUGGAGGAGCAAGAGCAUGCACUUGUUGGUGCCAUCGCCAAACUUGGAGAUAUUUCCGAUGGAGAAAACGAAGGUGCCUUUCGCCUGUAGCUUAUGUUUGAAUCAUGCAAUUUCACCAAGGCACAGUGCAAUGCAAGGUCCAUGGAGGAGCUGGUGAAGAAGAGAUCGAAUGUCAGAGUCUCAACUUCUUUGAUGCUACCUUUUUUUGGGUAUCUGACUGUAAUUUUUUCUGAUACUAGAGAUUAGCUCUACCCGGAUCUCAGUUUUGUUGGAUAUGGGUUCGGUAUCUGAGCGGUGUAGCUCUAGCUUUUGUAGGGACUCAAAUGGUGGAAAUGAGAAAAAAUAUAAUGAACA